AUGGUUUCAACGGAUUUGCUCGGAGUAUCGCUUGAGCGUUUGUUGGAAACGAAUUUGUUGGUCCUUCAAGAGAUGAAAACAUUGCGCCGUGAUGUGAAUCAACUCCGCAAUGAAGUCGACGGAAUCAAGCAAUUUCUCAACGGAAUUCAAUUUGAGAUUUCACGUGAUUUAUCGAUUCAAUCGGAAAGCGUUGCAAUGACGAACUCUCAUCAAGCGCAUCCAAACAGUGAUCACCAAUCGGCUACAAUGCAACGUGUCAAUCAUUCGGUGCCGAUCACUAUCGACUCAACGCUUUACAAGCCACCCAAUUUCCACUCAUCACUUUCAUCUCAUCUCACCGGUCGUCCUCCAAUCGUUCUCACUCCAACCCUUGACACUUGUCCCGUUGGCAGGUCGACUCUCGCAAGAUCGUACACGAUUUCGCCAAACGACAAACACUUCAAUUUCUCCAUCGUUUCAUCCAAUCACUCACAGGAAUCCGGUGUCCUUCCAUCAACUCGCUCAAUUUCGUUUACCGAGAGCGAGCAGUCUACGCAAUGUGGCUCGAUUUUCGAGACGGAACCGCCUGCUCUUGCUUCAUUCACCCGCAAUCCUUUCCCACUUCGAAAAUGGCGUCAUGUCACCUCGUUGGCAAGUGCCAAGAUGGAAAACGAGCAAAGAUUCAACAUUGAGAACAAAUCGACAAUGAUGAAGAAAUACAAGAAGAUGUGU